UGGCGCAACCUGAUCAAAUGACAUAAAAGCAAUAGCAAUGGCUGAGUUUCACUCGAAUAUGAAACUUCUGUUUCAUGUCAACUUUGACACAGGGUCUGAUGUCAUGUUUUUGUUUUCACACACUGACCACAAGUUUGUUUGUCACUGGCUUUACAAGAAGACGAGUGCUGACUACAUCUACAACGAACAAGGAACAAGAUCAUUUAAUGUUUGAAGGUUAAAGAGCAGAAAUGUCUGAUGGUAUUUAUGAAGAUGUGAUCAGGACUGAGUCUGAGAGAAUGAACACAGACAGAAUGGAGAUGACAGUGGUAAUCUAUGAGAAUGCAGAAGAAUAUGUGAGAGAUCAUGACUUCAGGACAGAGACAAACACACACCAACCACUUCAGCGUACAGGAAGUGAUAAUGUGAAGAUCAGAAGCUCCAGAGCAGCUGCAGUGUGUUUGGUGCUGCUGUGUGUUCUUCUGCUGACUGCAGUCAUAGUGCUGUGUGUCCACAUCCAUACAAAGACCUCAAACUACACACCAGAGACACACCAGCUACUAACUAACAUCACCAACCUCACAAAAGAGAGAGACCAGCUACUAACCAUGAUUACCAACCUCUCAGAAGAGAGAGAUGGGCUGAAAAUAAAGAAUGAAAACCUGACCAAUGAGAGAAACCAGCUACUAACCAUGAUUACCAACCUCACAGAAGAGAGAGAUGGGCUGAAAGUAAAGACCAAAUACCUGACCAGUGAGAGAGAGCAGCUAAAAUUGGAGAAAAAUGAUCUUCAGAUGAGUCUUGGUAAACUGGAUGGAUGGAUUUACUAUCAAUCCAGUUUUUACUUCAUUUCCUCUGAGGAGAAGAACUGGGCUGGGAGCAGAAGAUACUGUACAGAGAGAGGAGCAGAUCUGAUCAUCAUAAACAACAGAGAGGAACAAGAAUUUGUCAGGAAACGUUUUGAUGGUUUCUGGAUUGGUCUGACUGACAGUGAUGUGGAGGACAGAUGGAAAUGGGUUGAUGGCAGCGCACUGACCUCUAGGUAAGAAAUCACUUAAAGGUGAUAGAGAGGAUUUUUUAAUCGACUGAGAAACCAAAGACUGUUACUGAGUUUUUGAAAUGAGCGCAUGCGUAAGAACAACCCCCC